UUAUGUUUCCAGUUGGGUAAUUACUCCUCGAUGGAAGGUGUCCUUUAUUGCAAGCCUCAUUUUGAGCAACUCUUCAAGGAGACGGGUAACUUCAACAAGAAUUUUCAGUCACCAGCAAAGUCAGCUGAGAAGUUAACUCCUGAGAUGACAAGAUCACCUAGCAAAGCUGCCAGCAUGUUCUCAGGGACGCAAGAAAAAUGUGCUACUUGUGGCAAAACUGCUUAUCCACUUGAGAAGGUAACAGUGGAAGGGCAGUCCUACCACAAAUCAUGCUUCAAGUGCUCUCACGGUGGCUGCCCUAUAAGCCCCUCAAAUUAUGCAGCCCUUGAAGGCAUUUUGUAUUGCAAACAUCACUUCUCCCAGCUUUUCAAGGAGAAAGGAAGCUACAACCAUCUCAUCAAGUCUGCAUCAAUUAAGCUGGAAAUGAAGAGAUCAAAGGGGGACCUGACUCGCUCUCCUUGGCGUCCCUUCACCAUUUUUUCCGAUUUGGAAGCUGAAGCCUUUUCGUUUCGGUCCUGA